GUUCCGGCCCGAGCAAUUUCCGGCGCACCCAGCGCUCGUUUAAAGCGCAAGCUUUACAACAACAACCGCAACAAAAGAGAACGGUACCGCCGCGGAGACUCGGUCUCUGGGACCGGGAGCUGAAGCGAGCUGGAGGCCAUGGUGGAACCCCGGGCUCCCAGGUUCAGCGAUGCUGCCCUGAAGGUCUUGGUGGAGCAGCAAUUCUCAAGUUCUGCACUACUAAAUGACUGCUGAGGUUGAGUCCCCUGGUUCUGGAGUCAGCAGCCAGGGAAGGAUCCUGUCUAUAUCCACGCCUGUCGUGCCUUAUGCAGCCACUGCUGACAGUCAGAAGGUAGAGAUGAGACCUGUUGACCUGAGAAAGAUGGCAUAGCUGUCCAGUUGAAUGCCCUGACAUGUGCCACUCUGGCAUGGCACAGAUGGCAUUCUGCUCACCCCUCCCUGCAUCUGUUCCACAAGCCCGUUUGUUACAGCAGCUGGAUGUACUGGCACUAGUGGAGGGGAGGUCAGGGGAGGCAAUGGCCUAGCGGUAUGAUUGCUAGACUACUAAUCCAGAGACGCCAGGACAAGCUGGCACAGAAACCAAGGAACCCGCUGAGCGGUGGGGAGCGCCCGGUUUCCGUCCAAGCCCCGACCCAGAUGGAACAGGAGGCCCUGGACAUCGUGGAGAUAUACAGCCGGAGGAGCAUCGAGAACGGCGAGGCUGGAGGCCAAGUUUCACAGGAUAUGCCCCAUUAUUUGGGCUUCGCUGGGCACGAGAUUGAGGAGCAUCACCUGAUGGAAGAGGCACCAUCGCCAGCCCCGUCCUUUCAGUACAACAACACAGAAAUUGGAGUGUCUGAUGGGAGAGAGGGCGAGCUCCAAGAAUCCUCACGAGGUGAAUUAUUCGGCAAUAGUGAGCAGGAGCUGAACCUACUGGAAAGGACAGUGCAGGAGACAGACGGCCACAGGGCCAGCUCCGACUCCAGCUUUGCUGAGGAGCACCGAGACGCUGAAUUGAGUGGCCCGGCUUUCAAGCGGAAGAUCUUCCACGUCCAUCACCAACUCCUGGAAGCCUUGGACAGUCUGUCUCGGAGUUGCCUCACCCUGUCUGAGAGCGUUGAAGACUCUGCUUCCAUACUGUGUGGCAUUCUGCCCCAGGGCAUUGCCACCUUGCAGUCCACCAUGGAACACAUGGUUAGCUCGGUGGAAGCCGCAGUGAGGCCCCCAGUCCCGGAGCCUGUGGCGCCAGCAUUGGCCUCGUUGAUCGAGGCUCAAACUGGUGCCAUUCAGGCCUUGGCCUGCACCAUCUCCUCGGGCUUGGAAAGGUUGGGGGCGCGGAUCGACCGGGGCUUCAGUCGUGUCACUGGCCUCCUGGAGUCUGCCCUCCCGCUAGCCAGCAGUGGCAUCGAUAAGACCCGGGCCCAAGGCAGUGGUGUGAUGGGCAUGGUGCGAUCCAGCGCCCCUCAGGACGCCAGCGUAUCUGCUCCGUUACCGCAUCUCCGACCGCCCACUGCCCCAGAGGCAGCGGCAGUACUUCAGCCCGAAGCCAGGUCCCCUCGGGCUCGGGGUCUUCGAGAUCGCCGAUCAUAAGCAUCUCGCCAGCCCGGACCAAGUACCAGUGCCAGUUAUUUAAGAGGGAGAUGUUGGGGGAGGGUGGGGGGUGGGGUUGCAGGGGAUGGAAAUAACCUUUGUAGGAAACACUAAAAUUAACAAAGAAAGCACUUCUGAACCAGAAUGCAAACUCCAUCUGGGUGACAAUGUUGGUCCCCAUGGUAUUUAUAUGAAUCAAUAAAGUGUUACCCAGUUUGCAGCUCUGACUUUGUCCGCUGGGUGCCUGUAUUUGUGACGAAGGACAUGAUCAUGUCUGGUGUCAUAUGCAGCAGGGUUCCACAGCUGCUUUACUGACUGGUCGGUCAGUUAAAAGCUCACAACAGCCAAGGGAACGUGGCACAGUGGAACCAAAGUUGGCCAAGUGGCAACAAACCAGGUCUAUUGGCAACUUGGGAAUGGGAAGAGCUGGCUUCCAGUGGGCUUCUGCUGGACUCAUGCUGGGUCCUUCGCUGUUUGUAUCAGUGUCAAUGAUGUGGGUUUCAUGUAAGUCGUGUAAGAGUAGGAGAAUGUGACAUAUUGGUAAUGUCACCAGAUUAAUAAUCAAGAGAUCAAUUACAGAAUUGUUACAGCUCAAUAGGAGGCCAUUCAGCCCAUCAUGCCUGCAGCCCAUCAUGCCUGCAGCCAUUUCUAUUACCUAGUGCCAGUCAUCUCUCUUUUCCCCAUACAGCUUUCUAUCCAAAUAAUCAUCCAAUAAGACUAAUAUUGUGGAGACACCGUUUCAAAUCCUGGCAUGGUAGAAUUUAAAGUUAAUUAGUAAAUCCGGAACACAAAGCCAGUUCUGAAACUAUCGUCAAUUGUUCUAAAAGCCCACCUCAUGGACUUGUGCCCUUUUGAGGUCUGCCAUUCUUAUCUGGGCUGUCUUGCACAUGACUUCAGACCCAGAGCAAUGUGGUUACCCUCUGAACCGGCUUAGCCAACCACUGUUCAAGGGCUGUUAGGAUUAGCAAUAAACACUUGCCAGCGAUACCUGCAUCCCACCCAAGAUCAAAGAGAGAAAAAUUAACUAAGGUGUUGGUAGAUGAUACAACAUUUGGCCUCAUGGCUGCUUUGAAGGAGAAAGCUGCACACUGCAGCAAGGGGACUAGUCAUAUUGGCAGAAAAAGGAUAAGUGGAAGUCCAUGAGGAUGAGUGUAAGCUAGUGCACAGGCACCACAAUUAGUUUGGGAGCAGAAAGGGCAGCAGAUAUAUGGGAACGCCACUUCCUACUAUGUCCGAUCCAAGCCAUACACCAUCCUGACUUGAAAAACUACCCACUGUUCCUUCACUGUCUCUGGGUAAAGAUAUUGGCAAUUACCCACCCCUCCCAAACAGGCCUGUGGGUGCACAUAUACCACAUGUACUGCAACAAAUUAAGAAGGUAGCCCGCCAAUACCUGCUCAAAGGCAGUUAAUGAGAGGCAAUAAGCCAGUGAUAUCCAUAUCUUGUAAAUGAAUAGGAACAAAAAGCAGAUUUGGUACAGAAACAGCUGGGGAGCUUUGAUUUUAUUUCGAGGGGAACAACAUGAAAUUAGGAUGUAAGGUGCCAGCUUUUAGGUGCUAAAGCAGACAGAACGUAAGGAUGGAAGGGAGGUGUUGGAAUCAAGCCAACUUCAAACUUCCAAGGACAUUCACACAAGCAUGUGUCCUUGCUUGCUAUGAUCUGCCUGUACUGCUAAUGAAGCAAAACUUUUCACUGUACUUAGGUACACGUGACAAUAAUAAAUCAAAUUAAAUCAUAAAGUGUACGCAGACCUGCCAAUUCAUGAGGUCACUUUAUAUUCAACACUAAGCAGUCUCAUUUCUAAAGGCAAUGUCUGUUUAUAUUUCUGUAUUUUUGAUAGUGGACUAAAUUGGGGGAAAAAAAAAAUCAACUUUUUGAAAGAAAAGGAUUGUGUGAGGAAUUGUGGCACUUUCUAAAAGCAUAGUUACUGAAACUCAUUGUAAGUUGUGCUUACACUGCUGAUCUGUUCAAGCAGGAGGGGAGGCUAUUUGGAGACGGGCCGGACCAGGGACUAUGCGCCAAGUGAGUUUCGGCUGGCAACGGACUUUGUCAAGUUGUGAAUUCCGAAGGCCGUGAGCAUGACAACAACUAUCUGCUUGGCUCCAGGUUGGCUGAACAGCUUGUGGGUGUGAACAAUACCGGCAGAAGCCUUCAGACUGCUGCAAGGGGAAAGUGGUGUGUCUUUCUUGCCAGUAAAAUAGCUAAGGAUUGAAGAAAGCUGGUUUAUGUUCCAUCACCAGUUGCUGUCAGCUAUGGCCUUUCACUAGUAGAUAGGAGACUUUGCAGUUGAUGUACCAAUGGCCUCUGCCGAAGUGGAAAGAACCUGGAGGAAAGAAAUCGAAGAACAGAAAAUUCUGGCAAGCAAAAGGAUCAUCUCUGUGAACCCUGUGGACUGGAACUAUUGAACUGCUUCCCCAGGUUUAUUAUUUAAACCACUCCAUAACACCUUUUUGUUUGGUCUGUGUCUGUCUGUAUGUGUGUGUGUGUGGGAAGGGUCUCUUCAGAAGGGAGAGUUACAUGUUGACGAUUCAUAGUUGUUCACCUGUGGCUAUAAUCUAUUUAUUUGCAAUAAUAAGAAUUCUUGUUACAUAUA